CUUAAAGUCAAUUAUCAAAUUGACCUGAGCUGUCCGCUUUCUCACAAUCCUCUUGUGAUCUAACUUUGCCAAUUUGCGGAUAACCUCAGGAAGGUAUAAAACAGCACCUGGGAGAGCAGAGGAUGUCUGCUGGGCACUGAGUGGCUUCACGCACAGUUAUCACUGCCUGACAGUCGAAGCUCCGGCAAAGUAAGCGACUCAAGAUGGUUUGGGAAGGAGGAAUCGAGCCCAAUGGCACUGAGGGCAAGAACUUCUACAUCCCCAUGUCCAACAGGAGUGGGAUCGUUAGAAAUCCUUUUGAAUACCCGCAGUACUACAUGGUGGAUCCCAUGAUUUACAAGCUUCUGGCUUUCUACAUGUUCUUCCUGAUCUGCACUGGAACUCCCAUCAACGGUCUGACAUUGUUGGUAACGGCUCAGAACAAGAAGCUCCGGCAACCUCUCAACUACAUCCUGGUCAACCUGGCUGUGGCUGGACUGAUCAUGUGCGCCUUCGGAUUCACCAUCACCAUCACAUCUGCUAUGAAUGGCUACUUCAUCCUCGGACCCACUUUCUGCGCCAUCGAGGGGUUCAUGGCUACACUCGGAGGUGAAGUUGCUCUCUGGUCACUGGUCGUCCUGGCUAUUGAACGAUACAUUGUCGUCUGCAAACCCAUGGGAAGCUUCAAGUUCACUGGAAGUCACGCUGCAGCUGGAGUCAUCUUCACCUGGAUCAUGGCUAUGGCUUGUGCUGCUCCCCCUCUUUUCGGCUGGUCCAGGUACCUUCCUGAGGGUAUGCAGUGCUCCUGUGGACCCGACUACUACACCCUGGCUCCAGGCUACAACAAUGAAUCAUACGUCAUUUACAUGUUCGUCGUCCACUUCUUCGUCCCUGUCUUCCUCAUUUUCUUCACCUAUGGAAGCCUUGUGAUGACAGUCAAAGCUGCCGCAGCUCAGCAGCAGGAGUCAGAGUCCACCCAGAAGGCUGAGAGGGAAGUGACACGCAUGUGCGUCCUGAUGGUCUUGGGCUUCCUGGUAGCUUGGGUCCCAUAUGCCUCAUUUGCUGGCUGGAUCUUCCUGAACAAGGGAGCUGCCUUCACCGCCCUGACAGCAGCCAUCCCCGCCUUCUUUGCAAAGAGCUCAGCUCUGUACAACCCUGUCAUCUAUGUGCUGUUCAACAAACAGUUCCGUAACUGCAUGCUGAGCACUAUUGGAAUGGGAGGCAUGGUGGAGGAUGAGACCUCAGUCUCUACCAGCAAGACAGAAGUGUCUACUGCCUCUUAAACGCUCUGAAAUCUCAGCAACUAUGUUGUAUAGUGGACAUUUUUCUUAUUUGCUUCCAGAAUAUAAAACAAAGAAAAAGUUUUGCCAAAUGGAUUUAUGGAUUUGACGAACGGACUCUGGACCAAACACACUGAGGAAUUGUGUCUCACUUGUUAAUAUGUAAAUGUAAAGGGAAUGCAAUUGCUGCGGAGAUGAGGAUUUGUGCAGCAUUUGUGUGGCUGUGUGUGCGCAAGAGCCUAUGAGUGAGUGAGUGAGCGAGAGAGUGUGAAUGAACUGUGACUCACUGUACAGCAUUUAAUGACACAAAGAGACACAUCAACUCUCGAGUCAAACUAAACCUGAUGAAAUGUGACACACUUUCUGCUGCGGGGGGGUUUCAUGUAAUUAUGUUUUACUGGUCAACCAGUGUUCUCAUUUUCAUGUAUUUUAUGUCAAAGAAGAAAAAAAAAAAGACAGACUAGAUAAUAAAUGCAUGCUUGAAAAGAAACAUCCUGUUGUGUUGAUUCGUCUCUGAACUAUACAUGGUGGCUUAAUUACAACUGGUUUGAGAUACAGAAUAGUCUUAAGGUUAACAUUAGUCCCUCUUGAGGCUCCACUAUUGUUUUCCCUUCAAGUCAAGCAAAGUUAGUUUUAUCUUUAAAUUGUGUUACAGGGCUUUUAAGCUGUGCAUCAUAUG